AUAUCAUUACGAAGCUUAGCCUACCCAGUCCUAAUCCUACGGGUGCCUACUGAACAACACAUCGCCUCACUCAUCUGUAUCCUCAUUGUUACCAUCACCAGAAACUGCUCACUUGUCCAACUGCAUUCCUGGUGGCUGUCUUACACAUGCCUUACCUGUCGACGCUGCUAAUCUCUCGCCUUCCGAACCCUCCGCUGCUACUGCUGCUUCUCACCAUUCGCCGUUGAUUCUUCUCCGAUUACCACCCUUAUACCCUCCUCCACAUAUAAUCGUAAUACCAGAUAUUCGCUGAAGUGCGUGCUCGAUGCAAGGCGUACGGCGAAGGCUCCGGCCAAAGCAUCAGGCACUGAUCAUUGAUUGCUAUCCUCGACUGCAGAAGAACAGCGUCGAAGCGAAACCCAAUUCAUCAGAACUCAGCUACCUCCUUUAUUACGCCAGUACACGCCGCAGCAAACUCACCAAAGUCACUGAAUUUCUGGAUAGGAAGACAGUAAGCGAUGUCUACAAGGGUCGCAUCGGAAAUGUACAAGUUACCCUGGAAAUUCUCCAGGCACUGAUCGAGAAAUGUCCACGCGAUCUUCCACUUUACCGGAGUGCCAUUCUGAACUCGAUUCGAACGAUACUUCAAUCCAAUGAUGUCAACAUGGUUGAGGAUUCAGUCCCAACCUGGGAAGCAUUAUGUGCUCAUCAGGACCCAAUCACACUUGCGGCAGACCAGGAUUACAUUGCGCAAUAUGAGGAGAUCGUCAAAAUGUAUGCAGACUUCGCAUCAAAGGAAACAACUAGCGCUGGAAAAUCUUCAAUAAGCUGGCCUGUCGCAAUAAGAUUUCGAAAGGCCGGCUUAGAGGCGAUCAAAGCAGUCGCAGCCUCAGAAGCUCUCGGAUCUGAGACCAGUCGACAGCUAACCGUGAUCAUUCCCGCCAUCCUCCUGAACAUGUAUUCGCAUAAUGGGAAAGACUUGGAAGAACUGCAGGAGCGUGAGGAAGAGAAGGAGGUACAGGAAAAAGAGCAAGGCCUUCGGCGAAGACAAAGCAUUUCAACCGUUCAGACAGCAGGAACUGAUGAGGCUGAUCCAGUCGCUGCGUCUGGGACUACCGCAGAGGCCGAUAAGCUUGCCGAGAUUGAGGUUGGGAUUGUUGCACUCCAAGCCCUUCGGAACGUCUUCACCGUCGUGAACCGUGGCCAAUUACGAUUGGCGACGAGUACGGUACUCACAUUCGUAGCAAAUCGCUCUAGAACACAUGAAACACUUACACAUCACGAACACCGACCCAGUCAGAUCAGCAGCUGGCCAAAUGCCCUGUUUGCCAUGAUAUGCGGCUGGACUCCUGUCCAAGAUCGGUUUGUGGUACUGGUUAGUGCGGUAGAGUCAUUAGUACGCAGUCCGAUCGUGGAAGAAGAUCUGCAAAAACAGUUGAUAUUUGCGAGCAUGAUCCAAUCUUUGCUCAGUUCCAACAUCAGCUUCAUAGGGCUCAGUAUCAUGGAUGUGCUCAUUGGCUUCAUCCAGCACGUGCUUCUAUUGUUGCAGCUUGGAGGGCAGAGCACAGCAUUACGACCACAUCAUCAACAAUCUGACGCCAUCAAUCCUGUUCGCGAAUCGAAAGACGCUAUGAAAGAGAAGUCUGAAGGAAACUCAGAUCCAGUCAUUGAGAUUGCUGUCGAGCCAUCCUUCACCAGACAACUACUUCUCUCGACACUGCAGACAUCAAUAGGGAUGCUUGCAACGCACGUAUACUAUGCAGAUCAGAUCUCGGACAUGAUCACAACGAUAUUAUCAAGACUCAAGCCCUCAAAUUUGGAGAGCAGUGUAGCCACCACAGACUCGUCCAGUUCCGAACCCCGAACCUCCAGCUUUUUCUCUUUCGACAAUGCCAGGCUGAUUGCACUUGCGGCAAUCCGAGAAAUCUUGAUCGUCGCCAAUUCCAAGAUUGGAGGCAGAGGUGCAGGUCGAGGAUCAGUGGGUGUAGAUGUCUGGAACGGCACACAGUGGCUUCUCAGAGAUCCCUCCCUCCAAGUCCGGCAAGCAUACAUCGAGGCUCUGCUCACGUGGUUGGAAAAGGAAACAGAUAAAAGCAGUCUCCGUGUGACAAGAGGGAGGGGAAUACCACAGCAAGGCGGUAGUGUCGAACGCGCACAAAGCCUCGUCAGGAGAGCCGUCUCCAACGCAUCGCACCGUGAGCGCUCUCCUCGCCCUGCAAAGAACUCAACGUUUCUACCUUUGCUUCAUCUGGCGAUCUACGAGAAUGCCCACCAGCAUGUCACUUCUGAACCCGACAUCUUGAUGCUCCAUCUGCUGUUAACGUCUCUCGUUCAGAACCUUGGACUCAACGCCCUCCGCUACGGUCUGCCAAUGAUCAUGCGGCUCCAGGACGACAUCAAGACGACACAAGAUAUGAAAUCAAAAGUCCACCUGGGCAGUCUUGUGCACGGCUAUCUUUGGGGGCUCAGCGUCCACUUCGACUUUCAAAACUCCCAGAUUGGCAACAACAUAUCGCGCGAAAUCGCCCGUCGCAAUCAAUCCUCACUCUGGGGUAACGGCGUACGCGUCCCCCCAUCAUCGCUCGACAGCAUCCGCUCAAACUCCCGUGCUAGCAAUGGCCAGGGCGCCUAUGCCUCCUCUGGCGACUUACGCCUUUUUGACGACCGUGAUGGCCUCGUUGACAUCAUCAUUCAAGGCUACAGUGGCACCCUCAUCUCCCCGCCUACUAGCCCACCUGGCUCUCCGGGUCGUUCCUUCUCCACACCGAUCCUCGCUGCACCUACUUCACGCUCCUCCGCCGAUGAUCUUCCUACAGACAUUAAAGACCAACUCCUCGCGCCAUGGACCAAAGAAGCAACCAUCGCAGCCACUGCAAAGGAUUCAGACUCCUCCGCGUCUGUAUCCGGCUCCAAAGGCGCGCGUUCUUCAGGCAAGAACCUACUUGCAGUCAACAUACCUGGCGGCAAUAUUUCUGACAUCGAAGUCCACUCGUCCACGAAGCGCUCCGCACGUCGUCGCUCAGCAGGUGCGAAUACAGCGUCAAUUCGGAACCGUCAGGAUCGCGGGGAUAAGGAAAACCGUUCUACUGCGACGAGUACUACUACCGACACACACGCCGCCACCACGGUUACAGACCUCAAACGCGCUCUGUCAGGCUCGACACGUGUCAGCUUCCCUGUACAUGGGCUCGCGCGCAGCCAGCUCGAUCCGACCGACGACGAUACGAGCGAGAGCAUGGUCAGCGCAGAUUUCUCGGCCAGUGAGGUGUCAUUUGUGACGGCAGGCCAACCGAGCGAGCUGGAUCUCACGCCAAAGGCCACGCCAUUGCCCAACGCAGGCGGAAAUACUAGCGGUAUCACAGUCGAGCAAAACAUCCAAGAGUACAUGCGUGAACGCGAGCGUGAUUCUGUCCCGCCUGUGCCUCCGCUGCCCGCCAAUCUUCGCGCAGCGGCCAGUCCGGUGCGCAGUAGACCUGGUACGGCGCCUGGGAGUGAGGCUAUUGGCAAUAGCAAUGGCAGUGGCGAGGGCGUUGUGUCGAGGGGAAAUGCUGGUGGUGAGAAGGCUCGCAGCCUGAGACAGGGCAGUGUGAAGGGUAGCGUGAAGGGUAGUAUGCGCGUGGCGAAGACGCGCACUAGGGAGAGCACGAUGACGGGGCCGCGGCCUGAUUUCUCGGGCUUGUUGGAGGCGAUUGAUGUUGGGGAUGAUGGCGACGAGGCGGCGGUCGGAGAGAGGGCUGUACCGCCGUAUUGAGGGACCAUUGUCGGGAGACGGGGACUGACAGGCGGCGAUCCUGGCAGGUAUAGAGGUGGGAAUAUGCAUUCAUGGUGUUGCGGCGGUUGUAGUCGUUGACUCGUCUCAUGGCUGGGUCUGUAAAGGACUGGACGCGUUUUUUCUAAAAGCAG